AUGCAAAGUGCUUUGCCUGCAGGACAGCAGCGCAGGGAACUCCGCGCUACAUCAAAUGUCGCCGGUCAUGGUACCUGCGCAAUGCCAACCGAACGGGAUGGCUCUCAACCAGAAUUGUGGACGGGAUGAGGUCCCAGAGGUAUUGGUAGUUUAAACAUUCCAGAUAAAGACCCAUGGGGUGCUCCAGCGUCAUUGCACCGCUGUCAUGUUCAUUCACGGUUUACUGAUCUUCGAUCUCUCCUGCGGGACUGCGUCAUAGGCUUGGGUGAAUUACCACCCCAAGCCAGGAUAUAGCCUGCGAUAUCACGUCACGGAGCUACCCCCUGAUAUCAACAAGCUUAUCGGAUUAAGGGGCUAAUACCAAUUGCACGGCCGAUUCGUCUCAUUCAUAAGAUGAAUGUUCGAUCUCGGGCAACCACAAAUACUUCUCCUGGGGAUCAACCAGCAACUCUGGAAAGCGUAGUGGCACCGAUGUACCAAACCUACCCACCAGCUGACUUGGCGUUUGCCUCCUGGACAGAUCAACCCGAGCAUCAUGGCCUCCCCGACGCCAGCGGGAUGUGGCUGGGGAACCCGUCGACGAUGUCGUAUGAUACCCCAACAAUGUUCAACCAACCACCAAAUGGUGCGGAAUGGCCAGAAUACGGAGUAGUUCCAACCACAGCUCUUUGGGAUCCAUCAGCGUCCAAUUCUCCGGUCUCCGGCCCUUACCCGCCGCCGGUUUGGCCAAUGUCACCCGAGGAAGUGCUUUCAACCAGCCCCUGGAGCCCCAACAGCCAACCGCUACAAUCACCAUUGUCAGAAACUCCGCCCUACACGUUUACUGGGGCGCAAAAUGACUUCCGUAGCGGCCCCUUUGAUUCGGCAAGUCCAUCCGCCGCAGGAUCAUUCAGCGGAAGCUUCAGCCAACGAAACUCUUCCUUUGAACCUGCACCGAGCUCAGUUCAGGCAGACCGUACACCCAAAGCUACUGAAAAGGGGAGAAGCAAACCCUCCAAAGCCCCCUCCAAAAGAGCCACCAAGCAGUCCGAUCCCAAAACAAAAUCUCGGAAUCACCCAAAGCGCAAGUUCGAGGCCCUAUCAUCAGCUGGCUCUUCCGGCGACAACAUGAACACAAACAUGAAAUCAUCUUCAAAGACACUAGGCGGUGUGCUCCCGCCGGGGGUCGACCCGCGCGUCGCGGCGGAGCAGAUCAAGCAGGAGGCGUGGCAACGGAGCAAGGCCGAAGCCAUUGAGAUGUCGCAGCGACGGCUGAUGCUGCUGGACCAUGAGCGGGGGGCGCUGGAGCGCGAGACACAGCGGCUGCAGGUCAAUAUCGGGUCAAUGAGGGAAGCAAUUGCACGGCAACAGGCCGGCCUGGAGGAUGCGGUGGCGAGAGCGGAGAGGCUUGCAUCAUCCCGGCCCUAUUCCCGGGAGUCUUUUCAGCCAUGACGGACUUUGACAUGUGCUUGCUUUCAGUUAUGUUAUGAAACGUUGGGGGUUCUCAUGACUUCAUGAUGUUAUUGUUCGCUUGGGUGGCGUAGCGAGAUCUGGGUUUUCCUAUUGUAUCUUCACUUACCUCCUUUGUGAGGGAUAAUUGACCACUCCUGAUUCCUAGGGGCCUGAUCAUGAGGAAUUGCCUCGGUGUUUCACCUCGUAGACGUUGUAGAAGCACCAUUAGCGUCGUAAUUCGAGCAG